ACCGGUUUCCCCACCUCGUAGGAAAACUUUGAUUUGAAGGUAGGUUAAGACUCGGAAGACAAACUGUGGAUGGACAGUUACAGAACUACAAAAACAAAUGAGAACAACCAAAAAACUCGCGGCUGACUCUACGCAACCACUGUCAAGUUUGUGACGGUAGUUCAUGAAGUGAUACCAAGAACAACUUUUUUUUUCGAUAAAGAGCAACAGUAUGUCGAGCUAAUUCGAGGACGUAUCUAUUGUAUUCCAGUAUUCGGCGUUUCUCUUGCUCAUCGCGGGCCUCAGUCGCUGGAAGCCAAGGAGCGACUCAGAAGCCGGAUAGCUCCACUCGCUGCACCCCUCCUCGUGCUUCAAGAAGAGCUACCCUCUGCAGGGCUGCCAGGUGCAGAAGGUAAGGAGCAUGUCUUUUGUUGAACAUCAGUCGAAAACAAGAGUUUGCAGAGCCAGGAAGAGGGUGAUCUUGACAACUUAGGUUUCCGUUUCCUGUUUUGAGCGCAUGACCCGGUUUGCACGAUGCAACUUUUCAGGUUUGUCUAAGUACGCACGAGUGCUAGAGCUGUCCACUUCUGCGUCGGAAACCCGCCGGGACACACACUGAGGUGCGACGCAACUGUCUACGGGCGGUAAGUAACACGAGGGAGGCCGGCAGGACGAGACAAAAGACGGACAGAGAUUUCGGCUCGGGACGCUGCAUUUGACUCCGUAAGCGUAAAACUAAGCGGCUAACUUUGAUUGAUGCUGCAUGAAUUUCGGGUCAUAGGGUACUGCACUGAGAAAAAUACGUGGUAGUGAUGCAUGAAUGAAAAAAAAAAUGGAAAUACAUUAUCCGAACUGCUUCAGGUGCGUGUGGGUGACGGGGACUGAAACGCAAGGUCACUCCUCGGGUUGCAUCACCACCUCGGGUUGCCCGAGUCUGCUCUACCUGGUUUUCGUUCGACUUGUACAGCUACCUUCUACGUGGUGCCGACUUGAAAUUUCCGACCUCGCUUGCAGUCGCCAGAAUUAUGGUGCGGCUGUCUCCGUCGAAGGUCGAGCUGCUCGCCCGUCGCGGCGCGGUGCCGUCGUGGCAAAGGCAGAAAGUUUCCCGGAAGAACGUCUACACAAAGCAGCGAUCCAGCAAGAAUGCGGCGGCAAAAGCCAGCGCGCGGAAGAAUUGGUCCGGCGGCGCGGUCGGGCUGCUGCUCGCGGGUGGGGCACUCCAAAGCUUUUUGAGCACGUGGCGGAUCGCAGUUACCGCGCUCGAGGUUCCGUCGCAUCUACGGGAGUCGGGAGCGGCCACAGCUACGGCUUUUGCGGAGGAGGAAGACGAGUAUUCAGACGUGGCUACGCCCACCUGGGACGCAGAAUAUUCUAGCAGAUGGAGCGUGUCUCCAUUCAGCGGCACCGCCAGCCACCUCCAAGUGGAUGAAGAUGGAAAACCUGUGGCUCCGACUUUUCCCGUGUCUACUUCGAACGCGGCCAGGUUGUCCGGGAAGAAAAAGAAAAACGGUGUUGAAGCAACAGCAGGAGAAGUGAGCAAUUCCCUCUGGGAAAUCGACACGGCAUCAGGAACAGUUUCGCCUACACCGAGGGACGGACACACACCAGACCACCACUCGACUGCGUUCUCGGAACUGUCCGCCGGUGAGAACAGUAACACGAUUCUUCCCGAGGCGGACUACAGCGCCCUGCCGUCGACAGGAGUAGCGCCUGUUUCUCCUACGCUCCCGUCUACUUUUAACGAGGUUGUGACUACCUCACUCGACCGCAAUGCCGAUGUUGGACCAGCUACCGCAGCGGCGCCGAGCUCGGCGCCAGGUGAGCAAGCAGAUCGCAAUCCUGUGUCUUUCCCGAACGCGACGGGAACGGCUUCUCCUCGCGAAAGUCCCUUCCUUGCUCAUCAUGCUGCGCGCAGGGCGGCGAUUCUGAAGACUGCGGGGCCGCAGCUCGCUACGUUGACGCAGCAAUUGAACGUAACAAAAGACGAGGCGGAGAUCAUUGUGCUUGCAGAGGCGCAGCUGGGACCGAGAAACCUGCGCGACUACGGACGCAGUGGGGCUUUCGACCGCUUUGUCGAGCUCGACCUCGAUGCAAACGGCGUGUUGGAAAUUGCGGGAGAGGUGCAGGAGUUCUGCCCACGUUCGGCAGAUCUGGACGGAGACGGAGUGUUGGAUGUUUCGGAGCAUUGGGCACUGUGCGGGCAAAAUCUUGUGGGGGCGACGAGCACCUCCUCGGACGGACGCAGCGACACGACCGGGGGCGGAAUUGGAAUCGGCGCAGCGCCACCAGAUGGGCGUGAGCUCUCCCGCAAAAUUUUGUGGUCUCCCGCGGGUCACUCGUUCGUGGAGCGAGAAUUGCGGAUCUGGUCGUUGUUCAGUUGUUGCGAUGGUCGCAAUAAACGAGUGACGUUUAUUGCGGACGAGAAGCAGCUGGCGACUUCUAUUGACGGCGCAGGCACUGAUGUCCCGUUGGAUACGUGGAACGAAGGGUUGCAGGAAAUACACGAGGGCCAGGCAGAACGGAACGGUGACGUAUGGGUGUACAAUGCCUUGAAACGGAGCUCCAAGCAAGGAAAGGAAUGGAAAAGAGAUGAGGAGGACGUGGAAGAAUAGAGGCACGGGAAAACGCAAUCAAGAACAAUCCCGAUUCCUACAAACGAAGAGAUAGGUUGAAGCGAUUGAAGGAGACGGGGCAAAAAGUUGCUGCGUGGUAUAACUCACCCAUGUACUUUUGGAAAAAGUAAGAAAUUUCAACGAUGAAAAAAUAAAAAAGGAAGCGAAGAUGAAAAUGACCUGUGAUGACUUCUGCGCCUCGAAGUGUGUGAUUUUUUGAGCGAGAGAAUGGUCUGUAAUAUCGUUACAGUCGGAGAAGGGAACUUUUUUGCCAGAAGCAACAUCUCCACUCGCUCCGCCUUGGCGGCGGCGCGCGUGCAGUUCUUGCCGUGCGCAGAACUCGUGUCUGGUUCAUCGACGCGCCACUCUAGACUGUCGAAAACAGUGGCACUUUUGUGAUCGUUCGCGAGCGUGUUCGGCAUGAUCGGUGAUUUUUCCGAAAGGACAUUUUCUUGCGGCGCUCUGCUGCUCACUCCGGCGGCGUCGCUCGGGGUGAGGCAGAGAAGCUGUUUUCUACAUUACUUAGAGGAAUCUGUUGUACAUUGAAAGUCGCUGAAUGCCGAAAAGCUAAUAUGGCUGAUGUCGAAGUGUGAUCCUGAUAUGUCACCGUGAAACCUUUCUUGUUUGCUGUUUUUUACCUCGACAAGCGGCGCACGUAGAGGGUUGCAGGACCAUCACCUAGAUUUGUAGGGAAUGAAAUAUUUCCUUUGAGGAUCUACUAGCAAAAGUGCUUCAUUAAAAA